CAAAACUCCAAAAAUGUCUAUUGUUGCCAAGAGUUACGAGGAGAGCGCAGAUCCAGUGGUGGCUUAUUGCGCGGAGCACACCGCUGUCCAAACCCCUCUCCAGGCAGAGCUCCAAAAGGAGACGCUCACCAACGCUCCACACUCUGGAAUGCUAGGAGCUCCUGAAGUUCUUACAUUUGGAGAGAACUUUAUAAAAUUCUUAGGUGCAAAGCGUGUACUUGAUGUUGGAACAUUCACCGGAGCAUCUGCUUUAGCCUGGGCUCUCGCUGUCCCGGAUGAUGGAGAAGUUUUCACUUUUGACAUCGACCAUGCCAAUUAUCGCAAGUUCGGAGUUCCAAUCCUAUCAAAAUGCGAGAAAACUUUCAAGAAGAUCAAGCCAGUGGAAGGCCCAGGGGUUGAGAGUCUAGACAAACUAAUCGCCGACGGACAAUCCGGAACCUUUGAUUUUGCAUUCAUCGAUGCUGAUAAGGCGAAUUAUAGUAACUACUAUGAGAAAUGUGUUUCCCUACUCCGCAAGGGAGGUGUCAUUUUUGUGGAUAAUAGUCUCUGGGACGGAGCAGUUUGCGAUCCUGCCAAGAGAACCGAUCCACGUACCGCUGCGAUUCACGAGAUGAACGACAAGAUCUAUCAAGACGAUCGUACCUACUCGGCGCUUCUCAAUCUUGGCGAUGGAAUCCACAUGGCUUUUAAGAAGUGAAUGGAUAUUUAAAUGAGAAUUUUAUUUUAUUGUCAAUGAUGGAAAAGUUGAGAAAAUGUUAAAUUGUGAACGAAUUUGUUUUCAAAAUAUUAAAAUAUAAAAUGUGCAUUUUUCAAUA